UUAAAGAUUAUGUGAUACAAAAAAUUAAAUUGUGUACAAGAAAUUUUUUUUAAUAAACAUCCAACAUAACAUAAGUUCAAAAUUUAAUGAAAAUAAUGUUACGUUCAUCACCGGCACAUCAUGCUGCCGCAGCGCAUCACCAUUUGAACGGACACGUAAGCGCUAAUAGCAGUAACCAUUCAUCACCUGCAUCGUCGUCACCAAUUUUGCAUCACCAUCAUCACCAUCAAAAUGGUGGUGCACCAAGUGGCUAUGAUUCGCCGUCCAUAAUUCCAACCACUCCAACGCAUACACCUACUCCUACAAAUAGUGGCCAGUCUUCGCCACGUUUAUCUAUAUUAGAUUCGUGUCAUAGACGGAUACGUUUAAUUGGUGGUGGACCUGUUGCAUUUUUUGGCGGUCUUGUUGCAAAGGCACGUCGUAAAGAACGUGAAGGUGGUGGUGAUAGUGGUACAGCUGGCCAAAGUGGUGAUCCAAAAUUAUAUUUAGAAGCAACUGUGUUAGAACGUAAACUUCCUGAUGCUGAUUUACGAUUAUUAGUUGAUUUACCUCCUGGUUUAGAUUAUAAUGAAUGGUUGGCGUCACAUACGAUGGCACUCUUUGAUCAUGUAAAUUUAGUUUAUGGUACUGUUAGUGAAUUUUGUACGAUGUCUGGAUGUCCUGAUAUGACGGGUCCUGGGCAAAGAACAUAUUUAUGGUUUGAUGAAAAAGGCAAGAAAACUCGAGUGGCUGCGCCACAAUAUAUCGAUUAUGUCAUGACAUUUAUACAAAAAACUGUUAGUGAUGAAAGUAUAUUUCCUACUAAAUAUGCCAAUGAAUUUCCUGUAUCAUUUGAAUCAAUCGUCCGUAAAAUAAUACGUUUAUUAUUUCAUGUGGUUGCACACUUAUACGCAGCACAUUUUCGUGAAGUUGUAUUACUUGGUUUACAUGCACAUUUAAAUUUAACAUUUGCACAUUUAACGGCAUUACAACAUCGGUUCUCAUUAAUUGAACCAAAAGAGACUGAAGUGUUACGUGAUUUGGAAUUGGCAUUACGUUUAUCAGAAGAUAGUAAUAAUACUACAACAACUAGUACCAGUACCACAUCUACUGUAGGAGUUACUACAUCAACUAAUACGACAACAUCGUCAUCAAUUACACCAACAAAUUCUAGUAACAAUUCAAAUAGUGGUUGCCAACAAGAACAAAUUUUAUUACCACCAUCAACUGAAUUAGCUACCGAAGCAACUGCUUCCAUGGAUUUAGAAACAUCUUUGAAUAAUUCUACAAAUAGUAGUAGUCAACCAAUGAGUCAAUCAAUUAUAACACAACCGCCAGAAUCAAUAAUAAAUGUUGCACCACGAAUAAAUAAUACAGAACAUCCAGAAUUAACGCAUGCCUAGUGAAACGAGACAACAUGGAAUUUUGGUGGCAGUAGUGGUACAUCAUCUUUAUUUUCCGCUUUUUGGGCGCCAUGUUCGUGGCUUAUAUUUGGAGGACAUCGAUGCUAGCUAGCUAGUUAUUAUGAUUAAAAAAAAACCAAAAAAAUAUUUAAUCAAUUAGCUAUAUUAUAUGUUAGCUGAAAAUUCUAAUCAGAAAACUAAAUAUAUAAAAAAAUAAUAUAGCAACAAUAAAAUAUUGA